AUGGAAACAACCUCAUCUACCACUCUAGACUACACCGUGACUCUUUCAGAGACUGCAUCGGCCUCUGGCUCGUCUGAGUCCACCGCUAUUGUGUCAACCGAAAUUGCUGAGCCAACGACUACAACUGAAGCCACAGCAGGCUCAUCAACUUUGACGGAUGAAACGAUGACCACCAGCACUGCCGCCUCUGACAGCCCUAAUACUACUACCGCUGUAGAUACGACUGCUGCUGUAGAUACGACUGCUGCGGAUACUACAACCACAGACACUACGACUGCAGAUCCAACAACCGCAGACACGACCUCAGAUGCGCCAACGACUACCACCGCCGCCCCAAGGCCGACCACCUGUGCUGAUAUGGACAACCCAUACAUAGCCUCCAAUAGUGAGAGUUUUGGCAUCUCCUGCAAUAUCGAUGUUUCAACCUAUGCUAUACUUGACAUUUUCUUCACAGAAGCCGACUUCGUCUCUUGUAUAGAGACCUGCUCCCGGGAUACCAGAUGUGUUGCUGCGAACUGGGACCAUAACGGCGGUGUCUGUUACACGCUCUCACAAGCUGAAGACCCCUUUGCGAGCAAUGUUUUCGACACUGCAUUUAAACAAGGUCAAUAA